CAAAGUCCAUCAACGCCUUUUCUCAAGAUUCUUUGCUUGAGGCCUGCGGAGCCAAAGGGCGGCACCGUCGAACGCAUCGUAAGUCCCGCGUCCUGCGUUCUCAGUUUCACCAACAUGAAGAUAACAUCCAGUGGGUGUAAUAACAAUAAAACACGCCCUUGUUUGCGAGGAGUAGACAAUAAAGCAACAAAUAUUACAUUUAGGAUGCAAACGAAAUGCCGUGGAAAUGAAACUCAUCUGCAAAUUCAUAACAAAAUUACUAAAAUUAAAAGUGCGGUUUGACAAACUGAGGAGAAGUGUGAAGAAGCAAAGGAACAAGAACAUUUCACGGGCAAACAGGGGAACCAAGUUGUUUACGUUCGUGCUGAUUCAGAUCUCUCUCCAACAGCGCAAGUCGUCAGCUUCGCCUCUUCACAGCCAGCUGAAGAUGUUCAAUUAGAAGCAGGGAAGAACAUAAAAGUGCCAGUUUCAUUCAAUUAUGAACCUUCACUCACUGUCUAACAUGGCAGUUCUAACCCGUCUGCUGGUAGCCAUCCUAUGGUUUGGUUCUUUAGCGACAGUGACAGCAGCUGAAAAUACUGGUUUUUGUGCAAUAGACAAGCCAAAAGAAGACUGUGGCGACUCAGUGGAAGAGAAAGACACAUUCUCAUCGCCAUUAUCAGUACGCUACCUACUCUAUGAUGUUAAUCCACCUGAAGGGUUCAACUUACGGCGUGAUGUAUACAUGAGACUUGCAAUAUUCAUGCAUAGGAUAAAAAAGAAAGAAAAUUGGAGAUUAGUGCUUCCCCCUUGGAGUCAGCUGUACCAUUGGCAAUCCUCAAAUGUCGGGGAACAAAUUAAGCUACCCUGGAGGAUGUUUUUUGAUGUGAAGAGCCUCCAGAAGUUUGCCCCUGUGAUAGAAAUGGAAGAAUUUUUAGGAAAAAUACCAAAACACAGACCGGCCAUUGAUGAGGUGUAUAUUCUUCAACACUACAAGGACAUGUGGGAUGAAGGAAAGGAAUGGCAAGACCGUUGGAGCAUUGAAGCCUGCAUUGAAAGUACACCAUAUAGUAAAUCUGGAAAGGCAUUCAAGGGACCUUUUUGGACCUACAAAAACUUAACAGCGCAGAAAGUAGAAUGUGCUUCAUUUCAAGGGCAUGCUACACUUCUUAAAGGAUUAUUGAAUCAAAGCAAAGCUAAAGUGGUAAUGAUUGAUCAUGCAGAAGUUGCUUUGCAUGACACAUAUGGAGACCAUGUAUAUUGGGAGUGUCGUCGCAGUAUGAGAUUUGCUCACCAUUUAGUUGAGAUAGCUAAAGGGUUCCGCAAAACACAUUUGGAUUCUUCAGAUGACUAUGAUGGAAUAAACAGACCAGAAGAUUGGCUUGAGGAGAAAGAACAGACAACCAGAGGAGGGGGACCAUACCUUGCCGUGCAUCUAAGAAGGAAAGAUUUUCUCUGGGGCCGUGCCAAGCAGGUUCCUGACCUUCAAUUUGCAGCAGAGCAGAUAGAAGAAAAAAUGAAGGAGCUGCAAUUGCGGAAAAUCUUUAUAGCAACUGAUGCCCCAAAAGCAGAAUUUGCAGAACUAAAAACUCAUCUUUCAAAGUUUAAGGUUUUGCGCUUUGAACCAUCACCAACUCUGAAAUUUGAAAUUAAAGAUGGAGGUGUUGCUAUAGUAGAUCAAAUAAUUUGUUCUCAUGCAAAGUAUUUCAUAGGUACCCAUGAAUCAACGUUUUCCUUUCGAAUACAGGAGGAAAGAGAAAUAAUGGGAUUCCAAAGGAACACAACAUUCAACCGUUUGUGUGGAAGAGAAGAAGGUUUCCCGUGCACACAGCCAACACAGUGGCCAAUAGUUUAUAAGUAAAUAAUAGCUAACCAAGUUACUAUAUAAAAAAAAUAAAUAAA